AUGGAGUACUCAUACACAGAGGCCAACGAUGGCUGCCCGCUCGCCUUCCAGACUUCGGUGCCCCUCGGCCCCGCAACCUCAGCCACCCCGCCCGGCGCCGGCGGCGCUCUCAUCCUCCUGAUCCACGGCUUCUCGGGAUCCUCUGAGUACUUUCAGCGAAACACCGCGGCGCUCGCGGGCUCAGGCGCCUGGGUCGUCGCCGUCGACCUGCGUGGGCACGGCCAGUCCGGCCGGCCGGCCGGCGGGUACCACGUGGCACGGCUGGCGGCCGACCUGCGGGACCUGCUCGCCCAUCUGCGCACCUUCUUGUCCCCGGACGCGGCAGUCGUCCCCGUGGGGUGCUCCAUUGGCGCCGCCAUCCUCUGGACGUACGUGGAGCUGUUCGGGGACGCCGACUUUGGCGGCAUGGUGUUCGUGGACCAGGCGCCGCUGCAGGACCGGUCGCCGUUCGCCGGCGGCUGGGACGCGUCGCGGGCGCACCGGGGCUGCUUCGACGAGGCGUCCAUGCUCGCGGCGCAGCGGGCCUGGACCGAGACACCCGAGGCGGCGUACGCGGGGCUCGUGGCCGACUGCCUCGGGUACCGGUAUGCGCCCGCGGCCGGGGACGACGUGAGCGAGGCGCACCGUCGCGCGGACGAGGCCUUCUUCACGGCCAUCAGCCGCAAGUGCGACCCGGUGUGGCUGGCGAGGCUGCUGGCCGACCACACGCGGUACGACCACCGCGAGGCAUGCGAGAGCAUCCGCGUGCCCGUGCUGAUGAUGGCGGGCAAGCGCACGGGCUGCUUCCCCCUGGAGGGGAUGAAGGAGACGACCGAGAGGGUCCUGAAGGGUCGGAGAGACAGGGGCGAGGGAGAGGAGGCGGCGGUAGCCAGAUGGAUGGAGUUCGAGAGCGGGCACUGGUUGUUCUGGGAGGAGCCUGAGAGGUUCAACAUGGAGAUCCUGGGGUUCGUCAAGGAGUGUGUCUCGGCAGGGGGGAAAUAG